CGAAACAUGGCGAGAAAGCCAGAGUCGGAGAUGGGGCCUUCUGACCCAUCGGGAGACCUCGAGACCUUGCCGAACAACACGAAUCGAAAUUGGAUCAAGGACAAGGGACUCCGGAAACUGAACCUAGGCAUUUUCUUCAUGUAUUUCACUUGUUCUUCGGCUGGGUAUAUUGGAACCUUGGUUAAUAGCCUACUCAUGCUGCCGGAGUUUGGUGUCAUUGUCGGAAGCCUCAAUGCCAAUAUAGUUGGCUUAAUCAUAGCCGCAACUUCUCUGGGGGCAUUUAUAUCCUUCGCGCCGGCAUCUUAUAUCGCCGACAAUUUCGGACGUAAGGUCUGUGUAGGGAUUGGAUCCGGCCUCGCUAUCGUGGGUGCUAUCAUUGGAGCAGUUAUUCAGAACCACUGGGCUUUUUUUGGCGCAAGGAUUCUGUCCGGUAUUGGAAUGGGAUUUGCGCAGACUGCGGCUCCUCUUUUGGUAACUGAGAUCGCGCAUCCACGGCAGCGACAGACCGCUACGGCGCUCUAUAGUGCAUCUUGGUCCUUAGGGGCGAUUGGCUCGGCGGCAGCUACCUAUGCGACGAUAGGUAUAGUAAACAGCUGGUCGUGGAGGGUACCAUGUCUGCUUCAGGUAUUGUGUCCGUUGUUCCAAAUCUUAGGAUUGAUCAUGUUUGUACCUGAGAGCCCGAGAUGGCUUGUGUCAAAGGGUCGCAAAGAUGAAGCAUUGGCUAUACUGGAAAAGUAUCACGCUAAUGGAAGUACGGAUGACGAGUUAGUUGUGCAUGAAUUCGAUCUAAUAUGCACGACGAUCACGGCCGAAAUCAUAAAUUCUAGGACUUGGGGCUCGUUUUUCUCUUCAAGGGAAGAUAUUCACCGCUUGGCUAUCUGUGUAUUGCUUGGAUUGAUGGAGGAAUGGGCUGGAAAUGGUAUCCUGUCUUACUACCUCGCUCCGAUCCUUAGUUCAGUGGGAAUCACCAAAGCAGCAGACAAGGAAGCUGUGAACGUUAGUCUGCAAGCUUGGAACUUCCUCCUUUCAUCAGCUGGUGCAGUUAUAUCAGAGAAAUACGGCCGUCGCAUUCUCUGGCUCCUUUCCACGGUGAUCAUGCUCGUCUUCCUGUCAAUGUCCACAUUGGCAGCAGGUCUAUAUGCCGAAAAGCAUGUCACUUCGGCUGGACUAGCUGCGGUUCCACUGCUAUUUAUAUUUUUCGGCGCAUUCGACAUUGCUUACUCGCCUCUGUUCAUUUCAUAUCCAGCUGAGAUCCUACCCUUUGAAAUGCGCGCCAAGGGAAUUGCUGUAACCCUCUCUGUGGAUUCCUUGGCAUGUUUUUUCAACCAAUAUGUGAAUCCGGUGGCAUUCACUGCCAUCAAGUGGAGGUAUUAUUGCGUCUUUAUUGGGUGCUUGGUUAUCUUCUUGGCUUUGAUAUAUUUCUUGUUCCCUGAGACGAAGGGGCGGUCUUUGGAAGAGGUGGCGACGAUUUUCGACCAAAAGAAUAAAUCGGAGAGCACUGUGUUACGCACGACUAUUGGGUCGUCGCUAGGUUAG